AUGGGCGGCGUAGACUGGAUUUGGGUCAACUCCGGCAGCGUCGCCAAGGAGCUCAUGGACAAGCGAGGGUCGAAAUACUCAUCUCGUCCGAGGAUGCCCAUGGCGUUCGAGGCGACGUCAAAUGGCAAUCGAGAAAUCUUCAUGCCAUAUAAUGAGCAUUGGAGAACGUUGCGCAAGCUCAGCCAUACCGCACUCAAUUCCAGCGUUUCUGCCACGUAUAAGCCAGUGCAAGAUUUUGAAUCAAAGCAAGUACUGUAUGAGUUUCUCCAUGCAGAAAAUAGCUCGGCAUUCUACGACAUAAAUCGUCGGUACUCGGCUAGUGUCAUCAUGACUGUCACUUACGGGCACCGCGUUAAGGAUUGGAAUGAUCCUUAUAUCAAGAAGAUCUACGAAGUCCUAGAGCAUUUCACAUUAAUGUCCGAGCCUGGCAAAUGGCUGGUUGAUGCGUUUCCCCCACUUGCAAGCUUGCCAUCAUUUCUUGUCCAGGACUGGUGGAGAAUCGGCCGUGAGUGGUUCACAUAUGAUAGAGAAAUCUAUCUACAAUUCUACCGAGAUCUUGUACGACAGAUCCACGAUGGUAGUGCUCCAGAUUGCUUCAUUCGCGACUUCUACCAGGGAGACCUGGAGAAGAGUGGCAUAAGCGAGGAGCAGGCCGCCUACGCAGCAGGAGGACUAGUCGAGGCUGGAAGCGAGUCGACUUCGACCGUGAUCAAUGCAUGGAUCCUGGUUUGCCAAAUAUAUCCCAACGUUGUUGCUGCUGCCCAAGAGGAGCUAGACCGCGUGGUGGGCUCCGAUAGAAUGCCUACUUUUUCGGAUGAAGACAACUUGCCCUAUAUCCGAGCAAUGGUAAAAGAAACUCUGCGCUUCUGGCCAAUCACCAAGCCUGGAAUGAGCCACGCUUCAACAGAGGAUGAUUGGUACAAUGGCUAUUUCAUUCCCAAAGGUAGCGUCGUUAUGCUAAACUGGUGGGCAAUCCACUAUGACGACAACAGAUGGGAGAAUCCCGAUAUCUUUGACCCAACCCGAUUUCUUUCUGAUCCUCACACAGGUGCCGAGGCCGUGAAUCUGUCUGACGGGAAUCUCCGUGAUCAUUUUGCAUACGGCGCCGGGCGGAGGAUCUGCAGCGGCAUGCAUCUAGCACAAAAUUCCCUCUUUAUCAACAUGGCACGUACACUUUGGGCUUUCAACAUAAAGCGCGCCAGAGACGAGAACGGCGUUGAGAUAGAGCCUUUGAUGGUAACAGAACCAGGGUUUCUGAAUGUCCCAGCUAGAUUUGGAGCUGUUCUAGAGCCUAGGAGCAAAAGACAUGCCGAGAUUGUCGAAAGAGACUGGAUGGAAGCCAAGAUGAAGGGUGUGGCUUUGGAUCGGAAGACCAAGAGAACACGCAGUUGA